AUGAAAAAACCCCUUCUGGUGUUGUGUUUGGUUUGCGGUGUUUCAUGUAGGAUAGUGCUGUCGCCGUCACAAGCGGAAGAUACGAGAGAGAAAGAAAAAGACUCAUUAACGAUCGUGGAUGCAUCCCAACCGGAUGCAUUCGACGACAACUUAUCGCCACCUGAACUUCCCAGUUUAUCCCUUAACGAGAAGCUCAAGCUUAUACGAAGAAGUGGCCAAGAUCCUAGCAGGCGGAGAAGAGCACGACAUUUAAUAAGAAGAAUGCAAAAAAUGAAGCGUGACUUGGCGCUGACUCCAUGGCGGAUCACGCAUGUCGUUCCGCGAAAGCCACCACCGCCGAAGAAAGCGAAUCGUCCUGCGGUAGCCCUGCCAGUAGACCUCUGUCCGGAUCAGAUUGAUGCUAUCACAAGAGGUUACAAUGGUCGAACCUAUGCAUUCGCACGAGAGCGUGUCUAUCAAAUGUGGUACGAGGAUGAUCUUCCACAAAAAGCUUCUUACCUGAUCACCGAACUCUUCCCUGGAGGUCCGCGAUCCGUGUCUGCAGCGUUGACUAACUCACGUUCGGGAGUGACCAUUCUCAUUGAUCGACGGACCGCGUACCGUUUUCGAUGGAACAGAAAACAUAAACGGUUCCAGCUGGCUCGAAACACUCCUCAGAACCUGCCUGCGAAUAUUACGAUAACUCCACAAACUGCCUUUGAGUGGAUGGAUGGCAAUCAAGUCCUACUCGCUGGAGACAAAUUUAUUAUUUAUGAUGCUUACUGGAACAUUGCAACAUUUGCCGGACAAACAAAAAGGUAUUUUCCUAAACUGCCAAGAGAUCUGCUUGGCAUUAUUUAUUCAGGAGGAAACACGAUGUUAAUGUACACUAGAAGCCAUUCAGUGAAGGUGUACAACGCUAAAAAAUACCGUAUCCUACAGGAGUAUCCGUUGAAAAUCAACGAGUACUUUGGAUGUUUGCUAAGAUGA